AUGCCCAAUCCGCCAUUAAAAGCCGUGACGCUUACCCACGUCCGCUACCGAAAAGGAGACCCAUUAGGCCAUUUCUUAGCAUGGGUUUCGCUAAUCCCGGUAUUCAUAAGUCUAGGGGGUUUCUUCACUCACUUCAUAUUCCGUCGUGAGCUCCAAGGAAUGUUCUUCGCUUUAGGCCUUCUUAUAUCCCAAUUCAUCAACCAAAUCAUCAAAACAUUUGUCCAACAAGCCCGACCUGAAACCUGUGCUCUUCUUGAGAUGUGUGAUUCUCAUGGAUGGCCUUCUAGUCAUUCACAGUACAUGUUCUUUUUUGCUAUUUAUUUCACUUUAUUGACAGUUGAAGGAAUUGGGUUGUCGCAGAUUAAGAAUAAAUGGGCUGUUAAUUUUUUGCCUUGGUCAAUAGCUGUUUUGACCAUGUAUUCGAGAGUUUAUUUAGGGUAUCAUACGGUCUCCCAGGUUUUUGCUGGGGCCGCUUUAGGGAUUUUUCUUGGGGCGGUCUGGUUUUGGGUUGUGAAUAAUAUAAUUUAUGAUUAUUUUCCGGCGAUUGAGGAGAGCAAGUUUGGAAGGAUGCUUUAUGUGAAGGAUACUUCCCAUAUUAAGAACGUUUUGAAGUUUGAGUAUGAUAAUGCAAGAGCUGCUAGAAAGAAUAUGGCUCACAAGGCUAAUUGA